AGUGUGUGCAAGUUCCUGAGCUGGCCGCAGACUGAAGACUGCCGCUCCCUGCCUGCAGUUUCCCCCCUCUGGCUGGGAAGGGUGCCUGUCCCUGCUAAUGAGCAAGACCUUUUGAAAGCAUUUCCCUCCGUACCAGAAGUGUGGUGAAGCUGGACUGUGGGAAGGGAAGGAGUGACGGUGGACCCGACUAUGGAGAAAGCUCAGGGCAAGAUGCACCAGAACCUGGAACACUCUUUCCUGGCCAGUCUGAGUAGCCCCCAGGUGACGCUGCUGUCUGUGCAGAAGAGGUGCACCUUCAGGAGGAGCUCGGGGCUUGGGAGCUGGGCCCGAUCGGCGUCUUCGGAGGAGAAAGGUCCUCCCCAGCCAGAGGAAGAAUUGUCACCGGGAGUUUUAGCUAGAACCCUGGAAAGGAGGUCCCAGAUCUUAUCUAAACUUGCUUUGCCCGGCCGGCCCUGGGAGCAAUCAAUGAAGCAGAGCUUCGCCUUCGACAAUGUUGGCUACGAAGGGGGUCUGGACAGCACCAGCUCGUCCCCAGCAGCCACUGAUGUGGUUAACAUCCUGGGCAUGACUUGUCAUUCUUGCGUCAAGUCCAUUGAGGACAGGAUCUCCAGUCUGAAAGGCAUUGUGAACAUCAAGGUGUCCCUGGAACAAGGCAGCGCCACUGUCAGAUAUGUGCCGUCUGUCAUGAACCUGCAGCAGAUUUGCCUUCAGAUUGAGGAUAUGGGCUUUGAGGCCAGCGCUGCAGAGGGAAAGGCCGCCUCCUGGCCUUCCAGGUCCUCCCCAGCCCAGGAGGCGGUGGUCAAGCUCCGGGUAGAGGGCAUGACCUGUCAGUCCUGUGUCAGCUCUAUCGAGGGCAAGAUCCGGAAACUGCAAGGGGUUGUGAGAAUCAAAGUCUCCCUAAGCAACCAAGAGGCAGUCAUUACCUAUCAGCCUUACCUCAUUCAACCCGAAGACCUCAGGGACCACAUCUGUGACAUGGGAUUUGAAGCUGCCAUCAAGAACAGAACAGCUCCCUUAAGGCUGGGACCAAUUGAUGUCAACAAGUUAGAAAGCACUAACCUAAAGAAAGAGACGGUCUCUCCUGUCCAGAUUUCCAAUCAUUUUGAGACCCUGGGGCACCAGGGGAGCUACCUGGCCACCCUCCCACUAAGAAUAGACGGCAUGCACUGUAAAUCAUGUGUUUUGAAUAUUGAAGGAAAUAUAGGCCAACUCCCGGGGGUUCAAAAUAUUCACGUGUCCUUGGAGAACAAAACCGCCCAAAUACAGUAUGACCCUUCUUGUGUCACCCCCAUGUUCCUGCAGACAGCCAUCGAGGCACUACCACCUGGGCACUUUAAAGUGUCUCUUCCCGAUGGAGUAGAGGAGAAUGAGCCCCAAAGUGGCUCCUCCCAGAGACACCAGGAGCAGGGCCCGGGCAGGACUGCGGUGCUCACCAUCAGCGGCAUUACCUGUGCCUCAUCUGUUCAGCCUAUCGAAGACAUGCUGUCCCAGAGGAAAGGUGUGCAGCAAACAUCCAUCUCUUUGGCAGAAGGGACUGGAGCAGUUCUUUACGACCCCUCCAUAGUCAGCUUGGACGAACUCCGAACGGCUGUAGAAGACAUGGGAUUUGAGGUGUCUGUGAAUUCUGAAACCUUCACUAUUAACCCUGUCAGAAACUUCAAAUCUGGGAAUUCUGUGCCACAAACCAUGGGUGAUAUAGCAGGGUCUGUGCAAAAAAUGGCUCCCGACACUAGAGGGCUCCCCACACACCAAGGUCCUGGCCACUCUUCAGAGACCCCAUCAUCCCCGGGAGCAACAGCAUCACAGAAGUGCUUCGUACAGAUCAAAGGCAUGACCUGUGCGUCCUGUGUGUCUAACAUAGAAAGGAGUCUCCAGAGACAUGCUGGUAUUCUCUCAGUGUUGGUCGCCUUGAUGUCGGGAAAGGCAGAGGUCAAGUAUGAUCCGGAGAUCAUCCAGUCGCCCAGGAUAGCUCAGCUCAUCCAGGACCUGGGCUUCGAAGCGUCAGUCAUGGAGGACAACACAGUCUCUGAAGGUGACAUCGAACUGAUUAUCACAGGGAUGACCUGUGCUUCCUGUGUCCACAACAUAGAGUCCAAGCUCACAAGGACAAAUGGCAUCACUUACGCCUCUGUGGCCCUUGCCACCAGCAAAGCCCAUGUGAAGUUCGAUCCUGAAAUUGUUGGUCCCCGUGACAUCAUCAAGAUCAUUGAGGAAAUUGGCUUUCAUGCUUCCCUGGCCCAGAGAAACCCCAACGCCCAUCACUUGGACCACAAGACGGAAAUAAAACAGUGGAAGAAGUCUUUCCUGUGCAGCCUGGUGUUCGGCAUCCCCGUCAUGGGAUUGAUGGUCUACAUGUUAAUCCCCAGCAGUACGCCUCAGGAGACGAUGGUCCUGGACCACAACAUCAUCCCAGGACUGUCCGUUCUCAAUCUCAUCUUCUUCAUCUUGUGUACCUUUGUCCAAUUUCUGGGUGGGUGGUACUUCUACGUACAAGCCUACAAAUCGCUGAGACACAGGUCCGCCAACAUGGACGUACUCAUCGUGCUCGCCACAACCAUUGCCUAUGCCUACUCCCUGGUCAUCCUGGUGGUCGCCGUAGCCGAGAAGGCAGAGAAGAGCCCCGUGACCUUCUUUGACACGCCCCCCAUGCUCUUUGUGUUCAUCGCCCUGGGACGGUGGCUGGAACACGUGGCCAAGAGCAAAACUUCAGAAGCCCUUGCAAAACUCAUGUCACUCCAAGCCACAGAAGCCACAGUCGUGACCCUGGGUGAGGACAACUUAAUCCUCAGAGAGGAGCAGGUGCCCAUGGAGCUGGUGCAGCGAGGCGACGUCAUCAAGGUUGUCCCUGGGGGCAAGUUCCCAGUGGAUGGGAAAGUCCUCGAAGGCAAUACCAUGGCUGAUGAGUCCCUCAUCACAGGAGAGGCCAUGCCUGUCACUAAGAAACCUGGGAGCAUAGUGAUUGCUGGCUCUAUUAAUGCUCAUGGCUCUGUGCUCCUUAAAGCUACCCAUGUGGGUAAUGACACAACUUUGGCUCAGAUUGUAAAGUUGGUGGAAGAGGCCCAGAUGUCAAAGGCUCCCAUUCAGCAGCUGGCUGACCGGUUCAGUGGAUAUUUUGUCCCAUUCAUCAUCAUCAUUUCAACCUUGACCCUGGUGGUGUGGAUCGUCAUUGGCUUUGUCGAUUUCGGUGUGGUUCAGAAGUACUUUCCUAGCCCUAGCAAGCACAUCUCGCAGACAGAGGUGAUCAUCCGCUUUGCCUUCCAGACGUCCAUCACUGUGCUGUGCAUCGCCUGCCCCUGCUCCCUGGGGCUGGCCACACCCACAGCAGUCAUGGUGGGCACUGGGGUGGCUGCCCAGAACGGUGUCCUAAUCAAAGGAGGGAAGCCUCUGGAGAUGGCACACAAGAUAAAGACCGUUAUGUUUGACAAAACGGGCACCAUCACCCACGGGGUCCCCAGAGUCAUGCGGUUCCUGCUGCUCGCAGACGUGGCCACACUCCCCCUCAGGAAGGUUCUGGCCGUGGUGGGCACCGCGGAGGCCAGCAGCGAGCACCCCUUAGGCGUGGCCGUCACUAAAUACUGCAAAGAGGAACUUGGGACGGAGACCCUGGGAUACAGCACAGACUUCCAGGCAGUGCCCGGCUGUGGAAUUAGCUGCAAAGUUAGCAACGUGGAGGGCAUCCUGGCUCGCAGUGAUCUGACUGCUCACCCUGUUGGAGUUGGCAACCCUCCCACAGGGGAAGGUGCAGGUCCCCAGACCUUCUCCGUGCUGAUUGGAAACCGGGAAUGGAUGCGGCGAAACGGUUUAACCAUCUCCAGUGACAUCAGUGACGCCAUGACAGAUCACGAGAUGAAAGGACAGACGGCCAUCCUGGUGGCCAUUGAUGGUGUGCUCUGCGGGAUGAUCGCCAUCGCAGAUGCUGUCAAACCAGAGGCUGCCCUGGCUAUCUACACCCUGAAAAGCAUGGGUGUGGAUGUGGCUCUGAUCACAGGGGACAACCGGAAGACAGCCAGAGCCAUUGCUACUCAGGUUGGCAUCAACAAAGUCUUUGCGGAGGUACUGCCUUCUCACAAGGUGGCCAAGGUCCAGGAGCUUCAGAAUGAAGGGAAGAAAGUCGCCAUGGUGGGAGAUGGGGUGAAUGACUCCCCAGCCCUGGCCCAGGCUGACGUGGGCAUCGCCAUCGGGACUGGCACAGAUGUUGCCAUCGAAGCAGCAGACGUGGUCCUGAUCAGAAAUGACUUAUUGGACGUCGUGGCCAGCAUUCAUCUCUCCAAGAGGACCGUCCGGAGGAUCCGGGUCAAUCUGGUGCUGGCAUUGAUUUAUAACAUGGUUGGGAUACCUAUUGCUGCAGGUGUCUUCAUGCCCAUUGGCAUCGUGCUGCAGCCGUGGAUGGGCUCAGCAGCCAUGGCUGCGUCCUCUGUCUCUGUGGUGCUCUCGUCUCUUCAGCUCAAGUGCUAUAGAAAGCCCGACCUAGAGAGAUAUGAGGCCCAGGCCCACGGCCGCAUGAAGCCCCUGAGUGCCUCCCAAGUCAGCGUGCACAUUGGCAUGGAUGACCGGCGUCGGGAUUCUCCCAGGGCCACCGCGUGGGACCAGGUCAGCUACGUGAGCCAAGUGUCUCUGUCCUCCCUGACGUCAGACAGAUUGUCUCGGCAUGGCGGGGCAGCAGAGGACGGUGGCGACAAAUGGUCCCUGCUCCUGAGUGACAGGGAUGAAGAGCAGUGCAUCUGAGUGUUCUCCUGGGCAGGCCAUGGCGCUCCUUCUGGGUGAGCCUGCUCCUGCUCAUGGUGGUGGAGCCAGGAGGUGCAGCCUUAACAAGCCACUGUGGGAUGGACGAAGCUCAUGGUGAGACCUGAGCAUCCUGCUAGCCUUGCCUUACAGUGUGUGGUGUAUCUGCAGAGGCUGGGCAGGAUUGCUCUUCCAGAAGCCACUAGGUUGGGGAAAGUAUACCAUUCCUGCUUUUCAUGAGGGCGAGAUCACACCCUGCUUGGGAGGAAACCAUCACUCUUCACUGAACCCUGCCAACUAUAUUUGUAUAUACUAUCUAGGCAGUGAGGACCAGGCUCAUCAGGACCACAAGCCUAGCUCAGCCCCCCUGGAGAGCUCCAACCAGAUCUCUCCUAUACUAAGAGCUCCCAUAACACCUGGAGUUAGGCAGCACACAUGGGCCGUGUAAGCCUAAGGCUCCUUCAGACGAGUCUGUUCUCUGCCUGGUGUAGCUGGCAUCCUUGGUACUGGAACUGCCUGCCCUCUAUCUUCUGAGGGUAGAAUUAGUGCCUUGGGUCUGAUGCUCUGGCUCCUGCAUAUCUGCCCGCCUAAAGGUGGCGCCCUGGUUUGCAGCCCAAUGCAAGAGCUACCCAGCAUCCCUAUUUACUCUGAAAAGAAUGCCAUCCUGCUUAGAGCCACACCUACAGACUCACAUGUGCCGCUCUCAACCAGCUGGAGAGAUACCUCAGAGCCUGACCAUAGUUCAUUUUCCUAUGGGGUCCAGGUCCUUGCCUCUCAGGGCACCCUAUACAGCCAUGCCAUAACCUGUAGUGUAUAAAGCACUGUUCCCUGGGAGGUGUAUGCAUAAGGGCACACCCCUGUCACUCAGUGGGGUCCAGUGAAGUUUGUCACAAAUGCUUAGUGUGUGUGCCUGGGGGGAGUUUUCCCACCAGAAGAGAGUGAAGUUCUCAAUAGAGAGCUGUCUGCUGCUGAGGAGACAUCUAAAGGAGGGACACCCACAGCGCCCUCCCCCCUCCCCAGUGAAAAUGUUCCUGUUGUCAGCUAUGACUAUGUGAUUGGAGUGGCUUCAGAGGGCAGGGAUGGGGCCAGCUUAACUGAGCGAGUGGCUGAGCCACCCGGAACAGACUAGCAGAAAUGGGUUACUCUCAUUUGUGACAUUAAAAGAAAAAAAGCCACAAAACUCCUUUAUAGGAUGUCACUUAUUGGCCAUGGCAGUGUUAGUCUUUUUUUUUUUUUUUUUUUUUGUAGGUUUCUCACCUCUUUUCCCCACAAAAAUAGCACCGUAACUACCUACCGUCUACGACUGAAAACAAGAAAACAGGGUCCGAGGGCCUCGGUGUCUUCCCAGGAACUCACAGCCAAUGUGCCGUUCAGAGGGUUCCGAAGGCCUUUCUGUAAUUCCGCUGCUGCCUUACAGUAUCAGUUUGCUCGGUGAGAGUAAACUGGACGAGGGUCCUUUUGUUGCUGCACGAGCAAACGCGACAGGAGCUGGAUGAGUUGCAUCAGGUUAGGAUGCAGUGGUCACGAGGUUACUACCCAUCACUUGGGAUGGCUGCUUUGGGUUUUGCACCUUAGCGGUGCUUGCUGAGCUUUAUCUUCUAAAACCCGGGAGUAUAGGGAUCUAUUGCGCUCUUGGUAUCCGCAACCCUUCCACUCCCUCUCCAGCGACCUCCUCCCACUGACGUCAUCUACUCGGUCUAUAGUUCUGUUCUUACAGAAUAAGUCUUGUUUUGGAAUAAGGUAAUCAUUUUCUAAAGAAUCUAAUUGUAUUGAUUUUUAAACCUUCUGAGAAUGUAAGCAUCAUGUUCACAUGUAGACAUGAAAAUAUUUAUAUAAUUGUACAAAUAAAUAACUUUUUAGAUGUUCAAA